AUGGCCUCCCCAGAAGUCCACCACCUCUUCCAUGCUCCCAUUGCGGACCACUCGUUCUCCACGGACCGCAACACGCUUGCCGUGACCCGCGACAAUAAUGUUGAGCUCUACCAAAGGUCCGGCAACUCAUUCCGCCUCCAGGACGAACUCCGCGGUCACGACAAGACCAUCACCGGCGUGGACAUCGCUCCCCGCAGUGGCCGUAUCGUUACCUGCAGCCAGGACCGCAAUGCCUACGUCUGGGAGCCAAGCCCGACCGGAGAGUGGAAACCUACGCUCGUGCUCCUGCGCAUCAACCGUGCUGCCACAUGCGUCAGAUGGAGCCCGUCAGAGACCAAGUUCGCUGUGGGCAGCGGUGCUCGCAUCAUCGCCACCUGCUACUUCGAAGAGGAGAACGACUGGUGGAUCUCGAAGCACUUGAGGAAGCCUCUCCGAUCUACUGUCACCUCCAUUGCGUGGCACCCAAAUGGUGUGCUGCUGGCUGCUGGGAGUACCGACGGCCACGCUCGUGUCUUCAGCUCGUUUGUCAAAGGCGUAGACGAGCGCCCGGAGCCAUCGGCGUGGGGCGAGAGGUUGCCAUUCAACACUGUCUGUGGCGAGUACCUCAACCCGACGGCUGGAUGGGUGCACAGCGUAGCAUUCUCGCCAUCUGGUAAUGCGCUUGCCUUCGUCUCGCACGACAGCGCGGUCACCAUCGUCUACCCUUCUGCGCCCGAGCAGCCACCACAGGCUGUGAUCAGCAUCUCUACUCAGCUGCUACCUUUCGCGGACCUGUUGUGGAUCUCUGAGUCCGAGAUCGUGUGUGCUGGCUACGAUUGCGAAGUAUACCGCUUGGCUGGAGAUGCAUCUGGCUGGCAGCUCACCGGGUCGCUCGAGGCAGCCAAAGGUGGCAGACCCGGCUUGGAGCAGAGGGAGGAGAGCGCGCUGAACAUGUUCAAGUCUAUGGACUUGAAAGGACGUGGUGGUUCGGACGACACGAAGUUGAAAACUGUGCACCAGAAUACGAUCAACACGGUCAGGAGCUAUCAAGAGUCUGGCAGCAAUGUUUCCAAGGUUAGCACUGGCGGGGUGGAUGGCCGGAUUGUGGUUUGGGGAUUACUUUCAAACUCUACGUUCAACUACUUCAUACGGAUCCCGGAUACAGCUGAGCAUUUGCAUCGAUUGACGAAAUCGAAAGUGGCUUCCCACAUUCCUGCGAACUACGACAUUGAUCUCUAUCCGGACGACCGAUUCCGUGGGGAGCAAAAGUAUCCGGUCUUUGUUGCAGCACAGAACAUAGUACCCGAAAGCGACCAUUUUGGCCGGAUGUGGACGAAACCAUGA